CUCCGAAAUCCAGGCCGGCCCGAGGAUACCCGAUAGGUUCUUAUCAGUCACCGACAAGAGGGAGACAAGGAGGGCGAUCUGCUGACCACCAAACUUGUCUCCGUUGCUUGGACUCUGCUUCUUCUUCUUCAGGUGUGUAACGGUACUACGAACGUCUCCCCGCAUUGUCCUGAGCAAGAAGACCUAAAUCUGGGGUCAAUUGGCGGCUUGGAGAGAGCGUCGGCGCUGGGAGACUCUUGUUCCCAUCUCCGGGCUUGGCAAACUCCGGUUUGCCUCCUUCCUCCGCUCUUUUUUCUCCCGUCCCCAGAGGUUCCGCCCGACGUCCGGGGUAGAAGCAAACCGUUCAUUGCCUUGACCCUCCCUCUUCCGCUGGGAUUGCAGCCACGUACUGUCGUCACUCGGCCUGACUUUCGGUCGCCUCAGCCUGUCAGUGCCGCCUCCGGUUGAAUUCCAUGGCGGCGACGACGACAAUGGCUGUCUUGCGGCGGAUUGGGCGCCUCAACCAGACCCUGGGUGCGUCGGUGGUCUUGUCUCGCGCUGCUGCUCCGCGUGGACAGCCAUGGGUUUGCUCAGCCUGUUCCCGCAGCUCUCAAGUCAGAUGGAACAGCCCUCCGCGUAUCACGAGCCCUCACUCGCAUUUUGCCAGGUUUCCGGAGCUCUUCCCGCCGUCCGAGACCUUUGUCGAGCGGCACAUUGGUCCAGACGAUGAGAGCGCGCAGGAGAUGCUGAAGGCCCUGUCCCCGCCAGCCGAGUCUCUGGACAGCUUCAUCCAGCAAGUCAUCCCUGCCGAGAUUCUCUCGUCUCGCGACAUCUUCCCGGACGAGCGCAAGAGCUUCGUCACGCCGAUGCAGCGCUGUGUCAAGGAACCGUGCCAGGAAUGGGAAAUAGCGGCCAUGGGGCGUAGCGCAGCCGAGAAGAAUCCGUCCGACAGGAAGAACUUCAUUGGUGCGGGCUACUACGGCACCAUCACUCCAGAGGUCAUCAAGCGCAACGUGCUCGAGAGCCCUGCCUGGUACACCAGCUACACGCCCUACCAGCCCGAGAUCAGCCAGGGCCGGCUCGAGUCGCUGCUGAACUUCCAGACCUUGGUCUCGGACCUGACGGCGCUCCCCAUUUCCAAUGCCAGCCUGCUGGACGAGGGCACGGCCGCCGCCGAAGCCAUGACGCUGUCGAUGAACGCGCUGCCGGCUUCGAGGGCGAAGCUGCCCGACAGGACGUAUGUCGUCGACAAGAACGUUCUUCCGCAGACGCUCAACGUCCUGCGCAGCCGUGCCGAGGGCUUUGGCAUCAACGUGCGGGUGAUGGACCUUUCGGGGUCGGACUAUGCAGAACUGGAAGGCCUCGGUGAGAACCUGGUUGGUGCGCUGGUUCAGUAUCCCGACAUGUACGGCGGCGUACGUGACUUCCGGGCCCUUGCCGACGUCGUCCACAAGCAGGGGGCCCUGCUCAGCGCCGCGACCGACCUGCUCGCUCUCACGCUUCUCACGCCGCCGGGCGAGUGGGGGGCGGAUAUUGCCUUUGGUAAUGCGCAGAGGUUCGGCGUCCCUCUGGGAUUCGGCGGCCCUCACGCGGCCUUCUUCGCCGUCAAGGAGAAGCACAAGCGAAAGAUGCCCGGCCGCCUGGUGGGCGUGUCCAAGGACAGGCUCGGGCGCAGGGCGCUCAGGCUUUCGCUGCAGACCCGAGAGCAGCACAUCAGGAGAGAGAAGGCCACGAGCAACGUCUGCACCGCGCAAGCGCUGCUGGCCAAUAUCAGCGCCUUCUACGCCGUGUACCACGGCCCCAAGGGGCUGAAGAGGAUUGCCGAGCGGUGCCGGGUGGCAGCCAGAGUUCUACAGCUUGCUGCCCGCUACUAUGGCUUCGACGCGGGCUCCGAGACUGUAGCAUUCGAUACCGUUGUCAUUAACUGCCCAGGUAAGGGUGGGCAUCUCGCGGAGCGCGCCAAGAAUGCAGGCAUCCACAUCCGAUGCGAAAGCCGCGACAGAGUCGUCAUCAGCGUCGACGAGACUGUCCACGAGGGCGAUCUCUUGACCUUGAUUGAGCUGUUCAACGAAGUUGCCAACGAUACGAAGAAAAUCGCCGAGGUCCCUCCGGAUUCCGCUUACAUUCCACUCCUGGAGGAGUUCCUCCGGGCCGCAACCUCCAGCGGAGAUGUUCCCGAGGCUCUGCAGAGGCAAUCCGCGUAUCUGACGCACCCGGUUUUCAACAGCCACCAUUCCGAGACCGAGCUGCUCCGGUACAUCCACCAUCUGCAGUCCAAGGACCUGUCUCUCGUGCACUCGAUGAUCCCGCUCGGCUCCUGCACCAUGAAGCUCAACGGCAGCACCGAGAUGUCCCUCAUCACGCUUCCCGGCUUCUCCAACCACCACCCCGCGGCCCCGCCAGAGAAUGCCGAGGGAUACGUCAGCAUCAUCAGAGGGCUGAAGAACCAGUUGAAGCGCAUCACCGCCAUGGACGCGGUAUCGCUGCAGCCCAACUCGGGGGCCCAGGGCGAGUUCGCCGGCCUGCGCGCGAUCCGCAAGUACCACGAGAGCAAGGGCCAGUCCCAGCGCGACCUCUGCCUGAUCCCCGUCUCGGCCCACGGUACCAAUCCCGCUUCGGCCGCCAUGGCGGGCAUGCGCGUCUUGCCCAUCAAGUGCGACGCCAAGACGGGCAACUUGGACCUGGAGGACCUCGAGGCCAAGUGCGCGAAGCACGCCAGCGAAAUCGGCGCCAUGAUGGUCACGUACCCGAGCACGUACGGCGUCUUCGAACCGCACAUCAAGCGCGUGUGCGAGAUCGUGCACGCGCACGGCGGGCAGGUGUACAUGGACGGCGCCAACAUGAACGCCCAGAUCGGGCUCUGCUCGCCCGGCGAGAUCGGCGCCGACGUGUGCCACCUGAACCUGCACAAGACCUUCUGCAUCCCGCAUGGCGGCGGCGGGCCGGGCGUGGGCCCCAUCUGCGUCAAGGAACACCUCGCGCGCUUCCUCCCGACGCGCCAGACGACCGAUGUCGACCGCCCGAACCUCCCCGUGGCCAGCGCGCCGUUUGGUAGCGCCAGCAUCCUGCCCAUCAGCUGGGCGUAUAAUGCGCUGAUGGGCGGCGACGGCCUUCGGAAAGCGACCAAGAUCACGCUGCUCAACGCCAACUACCUUCUCUCCAAGCUGAAGCCGCACUACCCGAUCCUGUACACCAACGAGCACGGGCGGUGCGCGCACGAGUUCAUCCUGGACGUGCGCAAGUUCUCCGAGUCGGCCGGCGUCGAGGCCAUCGACAUCGCCAAGCGCCUGCAGGACUACGGCUUCCACGCCCCCACCAUGAGCUGGCCCGUGCCCAACACGCUGAUGAUUGAGCCGACCGAGUCCGAGUCCAAGGAGGAGCUGGACCGCUUCGUCGACGCCAUGGUCAGCAUCCGCGAGGAGAUACGCGAGAUCGAGGAGGGGAGGGCCCCGAGAGAGGGGAACGUCCUCAAGAUGGCGCCGCAUCCCAUGGUGGAUAUCAUCCAGGGCGAUGGCGAGGCCGGUGCGAAGUGGGAUAGGCCGUACACACGCGAAAAGGCGGCGUAUCCGCUGCCGUGGCUGAGGGAGAAGAAGUUCUGGCCGAGUGUUGCGAGGGUGGACGACACAUACGGCGACCUCAACCUGUUCUGCACUUGCCCCCCUGUCGAGGACACGACGGGCGGUCAUAUGUCGUCCAUCCAGGCGGAUUAACACAGCACAUCGGGAGUCUAAGAGAAGAUGAUAAAAGUUGGAUGGGAAGUGACAACAACAAUGCAGGGGGGAUAAUACCUAGGCCUAAGGGAAACGAAAAGACGGCUUCUUCAACAGCCGGAAGGGGUUCAACAGCCCCCAUGUACGAGCAACGAGCUUUUUUUGGAUCGGCUUUUCAACCACAAGUACGGGAAAAAAGAGAGACACUGGCGUUUCAACAAGCGAUAGAUGUAGAGAAGGCAGACAGGCAUCUGGGCCGGUAUAUCAGCGGGCGGACGGACGGACGGAGUUCAACAGGAAAUUGGGCAGUGCGCACACCAGAGACCACGGGUUGUAGAAAUUACUACUAAACGGUGUGUUCUCUAGACAAACGCCAUGAUACAUGCAACCACCUCAGUUCAUCCAUGUACAUGUAAAUGUACAAAUAUGUGAUAGCCCCAACACAGAGAGAAAGAGGGGGGGGGGGGGGG